ACUUUAUGAAGUCAUUGUAAUGCUUAACAGAAUGGACAUUUGCUGUCACACUCAAAGACAAUAUGUUGUAAAAGAAUAUGUUUAUUAUAUAACACUAGAAAAGACAAACACGGGGAACCGCAACGAUCAGCGGGGUACAGUAUUUUUGUCAAUACUUUUUUUAGUAUUAGUAUUACCCUUAACAUUUUUAUUGCAUUUUUUGUUAUUUAAUUUACUGAUUCUUGUGGAAGAUGGAUUCCAAUGCUGACACAUGAACUGUGCUUUAAGAACGAAUGAAUCCUUUUUAACAAGUUAUUAGUAAUUCUUAAUCUUGUUCAUCACAUAACUGUACAACAUGUACUCAAAUAUAUAUUUCACCAUGAAUUCCCAGACAUUUAUUAAAUUAAAUAUAUCUAUGGACCUUGGAUAUUGGACAGCAGAUUGAACGGGACUUUUAUUUUGUCAUGGCCAUAUGACAUCAUAAACCUGCGCCGUGCUCCUGAAGCUGUUGUGAUUAGACUGAAGAAAGAUUGGUGGUUUUAUGCAUUUUGACGUGUUUAAAUCAUCGAUACCAUCGAUUUGAUCUUUUUUACAAGAGGAAAACUCCUGGAGAAACAUCUGGGAUCCACGUGACACUAUUAUAAAGAUGGCGUUGAUUAAACAGGAGAGUGAAGACAUAAAGAUUGAAGAAGUGUUCAGCGUGAAACAAGAAGAUACUGAGGAACAAACAGUUGAUCGCGUUUUGGGGAUGGCACACAACUCCGUCGAAGAGGCCCUUCAGAUCACUCUGGACAGCGAGGAAGAAUUCAGCUUUUCCUCAGAGGAAGAUUGCAACUCGGAUGACGAAUGGCUGCAUUUUGAAGAACGCAUUGAUCCCGCAGAGGAUCCAAGCUCGAAGAAUGUGUCUGCAUCACGUUCUCUUUCUCCAGCGCCUCGCAGAGGGAAACACAGGUGUCAUACUGAAUGUGACAAUGAGCAUGUCCAAGAACCUGUCCCGAAGAAAGCCAAGGCAAACAAGAAGGAAAGCAACAGGCAGUCCACGCUGUCAUGGAAAACAGAGACUGAUGUUGACGUGGUUCCAGAGACACUGCGAUUCCUGCCCGCACGGGAAACUGGACCGCAACUGAGCUCUGUAGACUCACAUUCGCCCUUGAGUCUAUUCAAACAAUUUUUUUCAGAAAGUGCUGUGUCAACUCUGUGCCACAACACCAAUGCCCAAGCUGCCAAGGCAACUGCAAAAGGUUUCAAAUAUAAAUGGACAGAUGUCAGCAUCAGUGAGAUGUACCGCUACAUUGGGCUGGUGUUUUACAUGGCAAUGGUUAAGGUCAGCUCCAUUAGGGACUAUUGGCGGCAAAGCAGUGUUUUCUCCGUGCCCUUUCCAGCCACAGUCAUGUCCAGGGACAGAUACUGCACCAUUUCAUGGAAUGUGCACAUGAGUCACCCAGAUGCAGAUAAGGAGAAUGACAGAAAGAAGGGCACAGCUGAACAUGACCGUCUUUUCAGGGUCAAACCUCUCAUGGACUCCAUUCGUCUUGCUUGUAAGUCAAUCUAUCAUCCCAAAAGAAACUUAACUGUGGAUGAACGAAUGGUGGCAUGCAAAGCACACACCGGUAUGACACGGCACAUGAAAGCCAAGCCAAACAGGUGGGGGUUGAAGCUGUUUGUUCUUGCAGACUCAUCGAAUGGAUACACUGUGGACUUUUUUAUGAAUCAAACAGGCCAUGGACUUUCAUAUGAGGCUGUAACAUCUCUUUUGGACCACACAUUUUUGGGUUCUGGGUACCAUGUGUACAUGGAUGAUUUCUACACAAGCCCAAAGCUCCUAAAAGACUUGUUUGCAAUGAAGUUUGGUGCAUGUGGGACUUACAGGGACAACAGGAAGGACUGCCCUCGAAAUGCAGCUAAUUCUCUCUCUAACAAAUCUGCCAGGGGAUCCAUCAGGUGGAUUCGGGAUGGACCUCUUGUAUUUGUGAAGUGGAUGGACACACGAGAGGUAUCUGUCUGUUCUACUAUCCAUUCUGCUUAUACGGGAGACACUGCAGAGAGGAGGGUGAAAACACAAGAUACAUGGAGGACAAAGACAUUUCCAUGUCCUGCACCUGUGACUGCAUACAACCAGCACAUGGGAGGUGUUGACCUGUCUGAUCAGCUGUUACAGUACAACACAACACAGCAGAAAACCAUGAAGUGGUACAGAAAGGUCUUUCUACACUUCUUGGACAUUGCUUCCACCAACUCUUUCAUUUUGCACAACGAGCUACAUGGUAACUUGUCUCAUAAAGAGUUUAUGGAGCAACUGAUCACAGAGCUCUGUGGUGUGUCACAGAAAACGGCACCAAAACGGACCAAUAGUGACCAUGUACCGGUUCCAGGAGCUAAGCUGACAUCAGAUGACAGGGAUGUUGCCACAGCUGGUCGCCGCACAUGUGUGCAUUGCAAAGUAGUGCGUGGUAAAAGGCUGGACACAGCAUGGAAAUGCCAGGCAUGCAAUGUUCACUUAUGUCUUAAGUUGAACAGGAACUGUUUUCAAGAGUGGCAUAACAAUUCGUGACUGUGUUCAGAUGUGUGUGCUAAGCUGCUAACCAAUUAACUAACUUCCACUAACCAUCAGCCUUCAGAAAUCACCUGUGAUAGUUUUAUCAGGAUUCUUUGAUGAAUAACAUUUUUUUUUUAAUAAAAACUUUGUCUUAACAUUGUUAGGACAUAUUUCUAUUUUGAAUAAAUGCUAUUCUUUUUAUUAAUCAUUGAA